UCAUCAGGGUUCAUAUACAGGCUUGUUGAAUGUAAAAUCAUGACAAAUGAGGCGGCUCGCUCCAGACUAAGAGUCAUUUGGCCAAUUGGCACUUGAUUGGAGUGGUUGAAAUUUUUUAUAUAUGGGAUAUGACCCUUCUCUUUUCUCUAGCUAUAUUUUUUUCUUCAACCCCAGCUUUUCUACAACUCAUAUUCUCUUCCCACCAAACUCAAAAAUCGUGAGGAACCUUCAAAUCAUGCACUCUUCCUUAUUUUGUUCGUCAUCCUCCGUCUAUAUAAACAGGCUAUAAUUUUAGGUCAAUAAACAAUUCAAGCCUCCAACUCCUUCACUGAAAAUCACUUAUUCAACUCCUCAUUUCAUACAAUAAAUCAGAAAUAAUGACAUCUUUAAUUUCUUGUUCUUCAAAUGUUUCUGUUACUCUCCUAAUCUCUGUAUGGGUUACUUUUGUUAUAAUUGCAACUGCUGGCAACUUUUACCAGGACUUUGACAUUACAUGGGGAGAUGGUCGUGCUCAGAUACUCAACAAUGGUGAACUUCUUACCCUUUCCCUUGACAAAACGUCUGGCUCAGGUUUCCAAUCCAAAAAUGAGUAUUUGUUUGGAAAGAUUGAUAUGCAGCUCAAGCUUGUCCCUGGCAAUUCUGCAGGCACUGUCACCGCAUAUUAUUUGCGCUCCGAAGGGUCUGCUUGGGAUGAAAUAGACUUCGAAUUCUUGGGCAACUUAAGUGGCGAUCCUUACAUUCUUCACACAAAUGUAUUCAGCCAAGGCAAAGGUGACAGGGAGCAACAGUUCUACCUCUGGUUUGAUCCUACAGCUGAUUUUCACACCUAUUCCAUCCUGUGGAAUCCCCAACGUAUCAUCUUCUAUGUAGAUGGCACUCCCAUUAGAGAGUUCAAGAACUUGGAAUCAAUUGGGGUUCCAUUCCCAAAGAACCAGCCCAUGAGGAUACAAUCCAGUCUCUGGAACGGUGAUGACUGGGCUACAAGAGGUGGUCUAGUCAAGAUUGAUUGGAGCCAGGCUCCCUUCACUGCCUCGUAUAGAAACUUCAAUGCCGAUGCUUGCACCAGGUCUUCUGGAGCAUCAUCAAUUUGCAAUUCAAAUUCUCCUGCUAACAAUAAUAAUCCUCCUUGGCUCUUGGAAGAACUUGACUCCGCAGGCCAAGAGGCGCUGCAGUGGGUGCAGAGGAAUUACAUGAUUUACAAUUACUGCUCAGACACAAAGCGAUUUCCCCAAGGCCUCCCACCAGAAUGUACUGCCAAAUAACUUAACUUAAACACAGCACAAAAAAUACCCACUACUCGUUCAUCCCUUGCUUCUCUGAUUUUGGGAUAAUUAAUUCUUUUAAUUACUGAUUGUUUUCGCAAUAAGAGGGAAUUUAUUUUUGUUGAAAUAAAGAACACAAUCAAUAAAUAAUAACAGUAAUUCAUAGAUUAUCACAGUUCCGAAUGCUUGAUGCUUCUGUCUUUCUAUUGAAAAAAGAAAAAAAACAAACAACAAAAGUAUCAAUCAAACGAACCUAAAAAUACUAACCAAGCAACAUCUAUUAGAGAAGAAGAACAGCAACUUCCAUGACAACUGCUCUCGCAAUCCAAUCACACAAGGACUCAGACAGCCAACGAUUAGCAUCACUCUUUGAUCAAAUCUACAGUUUAAUUUUUAAAAAUAGUUGUUGUAAUUCAAAUUCAAUUUCAAAUACAAAAAGAUUGAAUUCAGAUUAUGAUAUAUUUUCAAACUUUGUACUAAUGAUAAACUCAAGCUUAUUGUUACAGAUACAAUAAUUUUAUUGUUUUAUGUCAUCAAGCUUCAAUUGCUUAAGAGUUCCACCAACUCAACAUCCUUUCGCAUAACUAUGUCAACAAAUCGUUAGAAUAGGUAACCUUUACUGCUCUGACUGGUUCUAUUCUUUGCAUGUCAAUUUUUAAUCUUAACGAUCAAAGUUGCAUUUAUAAUAUAAUAAAGCAAAUUUGGUUGACUUGCUUCAUGAAAAUGACAUUGAAUACAUAAAAUUAGUGUUAAUUACACGUUUGAUAUUUGUUGUCCCUGCAACGACGUGCAGAUAUGGCUAAUAUUGAUUA